CCCCCUCUCCCCGGUUAGAGCUGAAGUCGCGCCAGAGCUGCUGGAGGACCGUUAGAUCACCCGCAGAGAUGGCGAAGGAGGGCAUGGAGGCGGCGGAGGAAACCGAGCAGAUGAUCGAGAAGAACGGGGCUAAAGAGCCGGAGAGCGCCGUGAAUGCGCCGGAUCCAAAGGAAAUGCGCGCUGUGCUGCUUUCAGGCUUUGGAGGUCUAAACAAACUCAAAGUGACCAAGAAAGCCAUGCCUGAACCCCAAGAAGGAGAAGUCAAAAUUCGCGUUAAAGCAUGUGGCUUGAAUUUUCUUGAUCUCAUGGUACGUCAAGGAAAUAUCGACAAUCCUCCAAAAACCCCUCUAGUGCCUGGCUUUGAAUGUUCUGGAAUAGUGGAAGCUGUGGGAGAAAAUACUAAAGGCUUCGAGAUUGGAGACAGGGUAAUGGCUUUUACGAACUACAAUGCUUGGGCCGAGGUGGUGUGCACACAGCAGGAUUGGGUUUAUAAGAUACCUGAUGAGAUGACUUUUCCCGAGGCAGCUGCUUUCUCUAUGAACUUUGUGGCUGCGUACAUGAUGCUGUUUGAAGUGGCCAAUCUCCGGGAGGGGAUGUCUGUAUUUGUUCACUCAGCAGGGGGGGGAGUGGGUCAAGCUGUUGCCCAGUUGUGCGCCACCGUCCCCAACGUCACGGUGUUUGGCACGGCGUCUCCGUUCAAACACGAAGCUAUUCAACACUCUGUCACACACCUGUUCGACAGAAACCUCGACUAUGUAGCAGAAGUUCGGAAGGUCUCUCCUGAAGGAGUGGACAUUGUUCUUGAUUGUCUGUGUGGUGAGAACACGGGGAAAGGUUUAAGCCUCCUGAAGCCCCUCGGCACAUACAUCCUUUAUGGCUCUUCAAACAUGGUGACAGGCGAGACAAAAAGUUUCUUCACCUUCGCCAAAUCUUGGUGGCAGGUGGAGAAGGUUAACCCCAUUAAACUCUAUGAAGAAAACAAAGUCAUGGCUGGAUUUUCACUGCUCAGUCUCCUUUUUAAGCAGGGAGGCUGCGGUCGUGUAAAGGCCACUGUCGACAAGUUGCUUUUUCUCUACAAUGAGAAGAAGAUCAAACCUUUAGUGGAUUCUCUCUGGGCUCUUGAAGAGGUGAAGGAGGCAAUGCAGAGAAUCCACGACAGAGGAAACAUCGGAAAGCUGAUUCUGGAUGUCGAAAAGUCUCCCACUCCUUUAAUGGCGAGCGACAGCACAGAGACGAGUGAGGCAGGUGAGGAAGAGGAGGAGCAUGAAGGAGACAGUGACAAUAAGGAGCGAAUGCCCUUCAUCCAGUAAGCCCUGCUGAUGAUCCCCAUUGGAAGGAGAAGAGACUGUGAGGGGAUGAGUGCCCCGUGUUUCCCCACGCUGUAGUGAAGUGUACGAAUGUGCAACUGUAGUGCGUUUGAAAAUAUCCUUCUUGCCAACUGUCCAACUCAAGUGCCAUUCCCAGCACAGUGCUGAAGUGCUUCAGUGUUUCUGACCAUAUGUGUGCGCGUGUGAGUGUGUGUGUGCAUGUGUAUGUGUGUGUGUGUGUGUGUGUGUGUGUGUGUAUUCCUCUUUACAGCUCUGUGGAUCUUCUAAACAUGUGUAUUUCUGUUGUGUUAGUGACAGGAAAGAAAGACUUAUUGUCCAUUGAGCAGCAGUGCACAGAACUGCUCACUAUAUAUAUAUAUAUAUAUAUAUAUAUAUAUAUAUAUAUAUAUAUAUAUAUAUAUAUAUAAUGUGUGAAAAAACAUCAAAAGUCAACUGGAACUUGCAAACAAGAAAAAAGAAGACAGACAUAGAAAUAAUGAAAAUUAUUAUAAACUUUAGCUUAUUAUUAAUGAAUUAUUUCAGUUAUUAUUAUUUGAAAAAUAUUAAAGAAAGAAAGAAUGUCUGUUAAAAUGCAGAUUUCACAGAGCCUUUCACAAUUCACAAAUAAUUCGAGAUUUGCAGUAAAAGCUGAUGAUUUGUGUGCAGGAAAAUCAGUGGCUGUGAGUCCUUUUGGCUUUUGUGAUUCUGCAUGUGUGUGCGAUUUUGUGUUGUGUUUACACUAUGGUGCCUGUGCUGAGCUCAUGUUUCAAAAAAGUAUAUUUUUGCAAACGUGUAAUGUGUGUAGAGAAAAACUAUAAUGGAACCUGUAGCUGCACCUCUGCCUCUGCCUCUACCUGUACCUGUUUCUGCAGCUGUACCUCUGCUUCUUCCUGUUCCUGUAUCUGUACCUCUGCAUGAACCUCUGCCUCUACUUGUAUCUGUACUUCGACCUGUACCUCUUCCUGUACUUGUACCUGUAUCACUUCCUGUAACUCUACUUGUACCUGAACUUCUUCGUGUCAUAUAACUGAACCUUGUUCUGUGCCUGUAUCACAUGUACUGUACUCUGAAAGAAGGAAACAUGCAUCAUACCUACAUACUGUAUAAUCAUAUUUAUCUAAUCAGCAAAAAAUCUGAUAGUCAUAACACAUUAUACUGUAGAUAAAGUACAGAACUACAGAAAACCUCUAUUAGUGCAGUCUGGAUUAGUAUUUUUGCCUUGACCUUUAAAAAAUUGAUAAAUAGGAAGAUGAUGAUGGACGAUGAUAUUGAACAAAUCUUUAAUUAUUUCUUAACGUCUCAAAGAAGAAAGAUGAAAAGAAAUAAAAUGUAAUGAAAAAACUUCAUGAGAAUCAAGAAAUAAAGAGAGAAAAUUUAAGACAGAGAAAUGACGAAAGGAAGAAGAAAUGAAACAAUCAAACACAAAUAAAAAAGGAAACCUUUUUAUAGUUUUAAUUAUUAAAGCCUCCACUCUUUGAGCUCAUAUAAUAUGCAUAUUCGGAUAAUAAAAGAUUAACAUUAAAAUGAACAGAAGAAACUGAACAUUUAAUGACAUUAAUUGACAAGAGAUUUGUCGUAUCUAAUCAUAAUUGCACUUUCAUCAACACAAAACUAAAACAGAUGAACAGUGAAGAGGUCAGAGAUACGCUACAAUCAGUACGCCAGUACGUCUGAAAUUACAAACCCAAAACAUGAAAUGUUUUUUCUGGUUUGUUUGCUGUUUUGCGUGUAGUGUCUGAAGUGUGUGAAAGCUUGUUGACUUGCCU